AUGCCAGCUAUCAAGCAUCCUGUAAAGAUCAACGUGGAUCUGGGUGAAGGAUACGGAAACUUCAAAUGCGGGCCAGAUGAUGAGUUAAUUCCACUUAUUGACCAUGCAAACAUAGCCUGUGGUUUCCACGCUGGGGACCCAUUGAUUAUGCACCAGACAGUAUUGGCCUGCAAAAAGCACAACAUCAAAAUCGGUGCACAUCCUGGCCUCCCAGACAUUCAAGGCUUCGGCCGACGCGAGAUCAAAAUGUCGCCGGAAGAACUGACAGCUGCUGUUCGCUAUCAAGUCGGCGCGUUGAAAGCGUUUUUGGAUGCAGAAGAUGUGCCCUUACAUCAUGUCAAGCCCCAUGGCGUAUUGUACGGGAUGAUGUAUCGGGACAGGGAAGUGUGCCGUGCAGUUUAUGCUGGUGUGCCCAAAGGAACAACAGUAUUUGGUCUUGCGGGAACUCUGCACGAAGAGGUUGCGAAAGAGCUUGGAUUGCCGUUCGUAGCAGAGCUUUACGGAGAUGUCAAGUACAACAAGGACAAGACCUUGGUAAUCGACCGUAAGAAGAGACCAUGGCUUCCAGAAGAGGCGAGAAAGCACAUUCAGAGUCAGGUAGAAACUGCAACUGUCACGGCUGUUACCGGCGAGGAGCUGCAACUUCCUAUAGGGGACCACGAGGUCUCGAUGUGCUGCCACUCGGAUUCGCCUGGGGCUGUGGAGAUUGUCAAAGCUGCAAGAGGAAUUGUUGAUCAGUUCAACAGUAAGCACUUUGGGCAGUCUUGA